GUUCGAGAGGGGAAGAUGGAAGAAUUUAUGUCCCUACGACAGCAGUGGGGACAAUCUGUUGCGGAGUAUACAGAGUGCUUCAAGAAACUGCUAAGAUAUGCUGAUCCCGCAUACAGGACGGCGGAGGGACAACGUGACCGAUAUGUCAUGGGGUUGAGAGCAGAUCUGAAGAGGAGCAUGGGAGAAGCUGAGAGGGCAACAAAAGCAUCCGCGUAUCGUGCUGCACUCCGUAUAGAAAAGGACGAGAAGAUUGCCCAACAGGAGAGGACUGCCAGGUUUGAGACUAAGAAGAGGAAGGCGCCCACUAACACGGGGGGCCAAACCCACUCUACCAACCAUUUCAAGAGGGGUUCUGGUUCCAUCACUCAACAUCAGACACAGAGCCAAGCGGGCUCCAGCAGGAGUGCACCAACACAUCAAACAUAUCCAAUUUGUCAGAAGUGUGAAAAGCGCCAUCUAGGCGAGUGUAGACGUCCUCUGGGUCUAUGCUUCCAUUGUGGAGAGCCGGGCCACAUUAAACCACAGUGCCCACAACUCAUGAGCCAGACCAGGAUGAACUAUGAGCCCUCGAUCAUUGGAGGUAGGCCACAUUCAGGCGGGAGGCUCGGUGGCAGGACUAGCAAUUUCAGCAACAACAACAACAACUAUAAUAGCCGUCGUGACGAGAGUCAGAUGUCCAGGGCAGGCGGUCAACCCAGAAUCUUUGCCAUGAGGAGAGAAGAGGCCAAUGCAGCCCCAGAGGUGGUGACUGGAGCUGCAGGAAACCAGGAGCACCCAGAUCAAUCGCAGGAACAUAGCUGCUGCCCCAGAUGUCAUCACAAGGGUUAGUGGCCCGAAGAGCUUCCAGCGGAACUUGUUUAAGUUUAUGCAUUGUUGGUGGACUUGAGACUUAAUGAGGAUUAUGUUUGAAUACUAUUUUAA